UGUACUUCCUCAGUAAUUUGCGAUUUCGUAAUUUUUGAUCUUUCAUUAGUUCUCAGAAUAGUUGAACUCAUGUUGGCAUUUUUCUUUUCUGAAUAUUCAUCUAUCGUUUGCUAAUUUUUAAGAGACUGUGUUUAUCUUAUAUAGUUUUCUUAGCGCUUAAAAAAAUGUUUGGUUUUAUACCGUCGUGUAUACGCCGCCACAAGAAAAAACUACUGUUCUUAGGUGGUGUAGUUGGAGGGGUUGUAAUUUUAAACACUUAUUUUAAACGGAAGCUUACUGAAUGGGAAACUCAACGCACUGCAGAAAUAUGCGACCAGUUAAAACGUUCCAAUCACUUCGAAAAAACUUUGACAACUUGCGAUUCCGUGUUCAUGUCAUGUGUUCCUAAAAUACGUCAGGUAGUUUCCAAAACUGUUGAUGUAAAUGAUAUUGUCAAGCAAGUGAGUACCAAUCCACCUAACAAGAUAGAGUUAUGGGAGCAAUUAAAAGUAUAUGUUUUCACUCAAACAUUAGGUGAAAUGUAUGCUCAGUGCCUGCUAUGUAUUCUUGUUAGAGUUCAAAUGAGUGUUCUAAGUGGAUAUGUGUUUAUGUCUCGUUGCACAAAUGCUAGUGCCACAGAACAACAGCACAAGUAUAUGUCAAGAAUUGAAGAUUUUAUUUUAAAUGGAAUCAACAUGGUUCUUAACCAUAUAGAGAGAGUUGUAAGAGAUAACUUAAAGCCAGUCCCAUUACAUCAAAUGUUGAAGCUUCAAGACAUUGAAAAAAUUAUUCGAUCAAUUCAGAACUCAAUUUUAGAAAGUGGUGACAAUUUUCUCCAAGAAAUAACUUCAUCUCUUAUGCCUACCAGUUCUAGCAGUGUUGAAAAUGAUGAAUUUUUAGAGAAUAUUUCUCUUGAAACCAAAGAUAUUAUUGAAUGCCGAGAUUUUAGAUGUGUAUUGCAGCUGUGUGUUGAUAGCGGUAUAUCAUCUCUUAUGGAUCGUGUGUCCGAGUGUUAUGUCAUUCUUAGUGAUGGUAAAGGUACGUUUGUGAAUCCUCAUGAUUUUGCUGUACCUUUUGCCAAGUUGAUUCCAGUUAUGCAUAAUGUUUUUUGUCAGCAUCGACCAAUAGAACAAGGCAGUUUUGUUCAUACAUUACUACAAUUGGAGCCUUUAAACAACUUUGCUGCAAAUAUUUAUGAAUCUUUCAGCCAAAAAACUUCUUAGAAAAGUUUAAGGAAAAUUUAGGAAACGAUUUUAAUUCCUUGAUUUAAACAUGUUUUGUUUGAAAUUCCGUCCCUCAAUAUAAUAUAAAUAUACUUGGUUUCUCAUAAAGUUUUUGUUUUGUUUACAGUACUUGAUUUUAUGAUGAUUGGUUGGUUGUAUCAUGUUUAUAAGAAUGCUGUUGAUUUGUAUUUUUAAUAGGCAUUUUUCUUACAUAUUAGAUACUUAUUGUUUUUAUUUUGUUAUUGUACCUGUAUCCAUAAUGGUGUUUUUUGGAAAAUCUAAAAGAAUGUUUUUCAUUAUAAUAUAUUUAUGUGUAAAUAGUAGAUAUAACAGGAAUAUAAUUUUGGUUUUUAUUAAUCUAUUAACAUGCCAAUAAAAUAUUUAUUAUUUAUUGUCAUAAUAUUUUGAUUAUAUGUUGAACCUCAUCUGAUAUGGAGAAAGCAUGUAAGUUAUUUAACUCUGAAUCAGUCUUCUCCAUAUUUAAUAUACUGUUUAGAAGUAUACACAUUUCUGUAUAUAUUUUCUUGAAAUUCCAUAUUUUGAUAAUUCUUUUGGAAUUAAAGCUUUGAACUUGAAUUUUGCACGUUCAGAGCUUCCAAAAUUCAAGUUAAAUAAAAAUAGUUGCUUGAAAUUAAUUU